AUGGCUACAGGCGAAGUAACGCCAGCAAGGCGCAAGCAGGUGCUUAGAGUGCUGUUCAUAUCGUUGCUAUUGGAUCUAAUAUCCUUCACCUUCAUCCUCCCCCUCUUUCCCAAACUCCUCGAGUUCUACCGCAACCUCGAAACCCAGUCCUCCAACACCGUCCUCUCCCGCAUCCUCCUCGGCCUCAACGCCUACAAGAACAGCUUCUCCAAACCCAUCAACGACCGCUACGACAUCGUCCUGCUAGGCGGAGCGCUGGGAUCCCUGUUCUCCCUAUGCCAGGCCAUUGCGUCCCCUGUGAUUGGGACGCUGUCCGACAAGUAUGGCCGACGGACGGCGCUGCUGUGGUCGAUGAUGGGCAAUAUUGCUUCGGUGGCGCUGUGGUGCGCUGCGGUGGACUUUCGCACGUUUCUAGCGAGUCGGGUGAUAGGUGGGCUCAGUGAGGGGAAUAUUCAGCUCGCGCUGGCUAUUGCUACGGACAUCAGCACAAACGAGGAGAGAGGCAAGACCAUGGCGCUGGUGGGAGCAUGCUUCUCCAUUGCGUUCACGUUUGGACCAGCGCUGGGCGCCGCACUGUCGCAGGUUACGACUGUUGCCGCGAACCCAUUCGCGACUGCGGCUGGGUUUUCGCUGGUGCUGAUUGUAACGGAGACGGUCUAUCUGUACUAUGCACUGCCCGAGACGCAUCCUGGAAGUGGAGUUACGGCAAAUGGGUCUACGGAGAAGGAGAAGAAGCCAGAGCCGGCAAGCCACGAGCGGACGAACUCCCAUGCGAUGCUGAACCUCACCCACUUCAGCUUCAUCCUGUUCUUCAGCGGCAUGGAGUUCUCACUACCCUUCAUGACUUACGAUCUUUUCUCCUAUGGCUCGAAGCAGUCUGGUCGACUUCUGGGCUUCAUUGGACUGGUUGCCAGCAUUCUGCAAGGCGGCGUCACACGGCGAAUGCACCCUUUGCGAGUGGUACAGCUAGGCGUGCUUUCUUGCGCCGCCGCCUUCUUUAUCUUGGCCCGCCUGGAGACAGAACGAGCACUUUAUGGCGCAGCUUCACUCCUCGCAGUAACAAGCAGCACGGUGGUCACUGGAUUGAACAGCUUGUCGAGUUUCGAGGCCGGAAGCAACGAGCGAGGGGAGAAACUUGGUAACCACCGGAGCUUUGGACAGGUUGGACGAGCAUUGGGACCGCUGAUCUUCUGCUCGCUGUAUUGGUGGGCGGGGAGGGAUACGGCAUACAUGAUCGGCGGGGCCGGAAUGGUCGGAGUCUGCGGGCUGGUGUUGGGUGGUCUUAAGGCUCCCAAAGGGUUGGAGGUAAAGAAGGCGAAGGCGAACGGGAGCGUGAAGAAAGGGUCAUAA